AUGUUUACGUUCUUCGUGGCGUGUUUGUUUUCAGCAUCCGCACAGUCAUAUGAAGAUAAGAGAUGUAUGUGUGUAUGCCCCAGUCCAGCUGCAGUUCUUAACAAUACAGUAGGCUCCGACCGAAAACUUUAUAUUGGAAAUGUCCCACCCAAUAAAUGUGAUUGUGAUGGAGUCAUCCUGCCUAGAGUGGGAGAAAUAAUCAAGGGCCGUGAACAGGAAUUUUGUCCACGCUGUGAAUGCAAGUAUGAAAGUAGAAAUACCACCAUAAUCAAGGUGGUUGUCAUCAUUGUUAUAUGGGUGAUAAUGUUGCUGGUGGUCUAUAUGGGCUUUUUGAUUUGCCUCGAUCCCCUCAUCAAUAAAAGAGCUAAAGCUUCUUAUCAAGAGCACACCAAUGAGGAUGAUGAGAGCACUUUAAGUGGACCGUCUCAGCAAAUGGGGCCAAGGGGCAAUGUUCUUAAUCGUGUUACUCAUCAGCAGGACAAAUGGAAGAGGCAGGUCCGUGAGCAGAGGCGCAAUAUUUAUGAUAGACACACCAUGCUUAAC